UUUCGAUUAGGGAACCAUAAGCGCCCAACGAAGUUAAUAGCGACGAAAGCUGCGCAGCUGCAGGCUUGAGCGACUGAGAAGCCCGCUUAUGAAGUGUACCACAACACGCAGCGAAAGAAUAGCCUUUUCAGCAUGUAACUGUAUGAAGUUGGAUAGGCCGCACCCGCGCCCGCGGGUGUUGCGACUAACGUUUGUUCAACUUCUAGUCAUAGCCACAUCGCUUUCAGUUGCGACUGGUGUGGGCACGCCGCUAUCAGUAGUGCAAUCGGUAAAUGACCUGUGGAACGCUUUGGCGACCAAGGCGGCCAGGGAGACUGUCAAAGCGGUCAAAGCGAACACUGGGAUGGACAUGGACUUGAUGAAUGUUCCAAUGGACACCUUCCAGGUCAUGGUCGGCCGCCAACACCAUCUGGGUCUGGAAGUCGAAGGCGUCACCUACAACCUCCUGCUAGGCAACGAAGCCGAGGCGCUCCAACAAGCCCGCCAACGCUCCUCCGCCUCCUCUUCCUCCCCAACCCAAGCCCUACCCGCAGCGACAGCCCUCUCCUCCUUCUCCGCUUCCUCCUCCUCACCCGGCCUCACACCCAGCACCGACGCAGCGGCAGCCGCAGCCGCGCCUCUGCAGCUCUUCAGCGGGUCCCCCAGCAGCCGCACCCUAGAGCUCCCCGAAACCACACUCACGGGCCCCCUGGAGCUGGUCCUGCGGGGGGUUCCGGAGCCGGUUGCGAUUUACGCGCCGCUGUCCGCUGACGUGGGCGGUCCGGUGCGGCGGGUGGUGGUGGAGGCGGGGGUGACGGUGGGCGUGGCGGGGCUGAGGCGGGUGGCGCUGAGGCGGUCGCUGCAGCUGCCCCGGCUGCCCGGGCAGUACCUGGCGGAGGCGGUGGCGACAGCGGCCACCGGGCUGCCCGAGGAGGGCUUCGAGACGGCACCCGGCAUCACGUACCUGGCAGCGCAGCUUCGAAAAGCUGCGCUAGAAGCGGCCGCAAACCGCAGCAGCAGCAGCAGCAGCAAGCCAGGUAAGUCCGGCGGCUCGCAGUCCCAGCAAGCUCACCAACCGCUGCUGGUAUCCCUGGAGGUGGAGACGGUGACCCAUGGGUCGCUCGUCAUUACCUCCAUGCCCGAGCUGCCGCCGCCCUACUCGGCUGCUGCGGCGCCGCGGCUCAAGGUGCGGCGGACGGCGGGAGGCACCGUGGAGCUGUCGCUGCGACAGGGUCAAGUGGUGCCCUCCUCCCCUCCCGGGGCAGCCGGACACCCCCCGCGGCCCUUCAACCCCGCCGCCCUCACCCGCUCCUGGGCCUGGCCGCUGCCGUACAGCGACAGCUCCGCCUGGCUGUCGUACGAGACGUUGCUGCGUUCCGUCCUGGCGUCGCAUCCCUUCGCCAACAUGGACAGCGUGGUUCGGCGCGGCAUCGGGUUGAGACUUACCCGGUCGACGAUACAGGGUGUGCACCUCAUCUCCUUCGACAUGCAGGUGCGCGCGCGGCAGCCGCGGCCGCCCGAGCUGCAGGAGGGCUUCCAGUGGAAUGAGACGCCGCUGGAGGUGUGGGAGGCGGUGGUGCAGGUGCAGCCGCAAUCUGAAUCAACCGACGGGGAAUCCAACGACCACGAUCCUGAUAGCAGCAGCACAAGCAGCAGCGGUGGUGGUGGUGGCAGCUACCGUUUCCAACCGCUGCAUGUGAAGCGCAAGCACAGCCACCAGAACACGUUGAGCCUGUCUCGCUCCGCGGUGCUGUUGGCGUUGAGCGGCGGCCGCAACGGAAGCCUGGCGGAGGGGCAGGUGGAGGGCAGCGGGUACGACCAGGUGGAGAUGGGGCUAGCGGCUAACGCGCAGUGAAAGGAGAGGGGGGGUGAUGCAACUGGGCUGAGACUGGGGUGCCUCCCCGAUUUGGUUUCGCAUGCUGCAUGGGCGAGGGGGAGAGGAACCGUUGGUAGCUGCUGCUAUGGCGGUCUUGAUACUACCGGUACAGGGGGUGAGGUGUGGGAAUGGGAAAGGAGUGAAGUGCAUGGUUUGGGGGUCGUUAGGAUUACUGGAAUGGUUGCUGGAGGAGGGGCGGAUGGGUGUGUACGGCACUGAGUGAAGUGCCGAGGUCGUGGUCAAGCAGGUUGUGUCAUGGCGGGGAGGAGGAGUGAACCUAGUCAUGUGAACGCCGCCCAUAAUCUUACAGCACUUCUGCAGUUUUUAAGGCAAGCAGUGUGUCUCGUCACUGCAGAGCCCCAGGAUGAUGCUUGACACAGAGAUGGCUCUGCAGUUAGCAUAUUUGCAUAUUAAAUGUCUAUGGAUUUGGAUAACAAACGUACUUACAGAGCUUCUUUUGAGGCUUCACAGACCGCGUACGGCUUGGUCUCGGAAACGCAUGUUGCUGGUUGGUAAGGUUGCCAGAACGGAACAUCGAUCAUAUAGAAACUGUUGUAAGGCGGAUCAGGAAGAGGACGUCUAUUGUUCCCACCACCCCGCGGCCCACCUGCACGUACUUUAUUGCCAUCCUGCUUCUGCUAUCUUUUGUCCUGCUACAUAGUAACUUCAAUGCUUAACUACAUACCCAUUAAGCGCAACCGUUGAUCGAUUACUGAGCCUACACAAGGACGUCGUUGACCUUCUUACUGUAGGACCUCAGGAAAAUGGCAGCACCAAAAGCACCCAGUAGUAGACUAGCGGACUAUGACAUGCACUUUAUAGAUAAGGGCGCGUUUGGCGCCGUGUAUAAGGCGGUGCGAAGGACGGAUAGUCGUGUCUUUGCUCUGAAGCAAGUCGACCUUUCGCUAAUGAAGGAGCGUACAGAGCGUGCGAUGGCCAUCGACGAGGCACGGAUGCUAGCCCAGUUAAAUCACCCAUACGUCGUCAAGUACUACGACAGCUUCAUCGACAGCGAAAACCGGCUCAACAUCCUGAUGGAGUUCGCCUCGAAGGGUAGCCUUAAGGGCCUUCUCAAGACAUACAACAGCAAGCCCAUGCCCGAGGAUGGGGUGUGGCGCGUUCUGAUUCAAUCCCUCGUGGGUCUCAACUACUUGCACUCCAAGAAGAUCAUCCACCGCGACAUCAAGUCGGCCAACCUGUUCAUCGACUCCAAGAACAACAUCAAAAUUGGUGACUUGGGCAUUGCCCGUGUGCUGUCAGCCAGCUCAAACUUCGCACGCACGCGGCUAGGAACGCCGUACUACCUGGCUCCGGAGCUCUGCGAGGACAAGCCGUACAACACCAAAACGGACGUGUGGGCUCUCGGCAUCGUCAUGUACGAAUGCUGCAUGGGCUGCUACCCCUUUGACGUGGAAAACAACAACGAAGCCGCGCUCUACCGCAAGAUCAUGCGGGGGCAGUUCAAGCCCGUGCAGGGCCCCUUCUCCCCCGCCCUCAUCCAGCUCGUCACCUCCCUCCUCACCUUCAAGCCCGAGCUGCGACCCGACACCUCCCAGCUGCUCCGAAGCCCGACCCUCAUCGCCAAAGCCAAGGCCCUCAAUAUCGACCUCAACCCCAGGCCCUCAGCCUCUGCAGACGACCCAGCCGUGUACGAAGGCGCUGCUGCCGCACCCCAAGCCGCCGCACCCCAGCCAGCAGCCCCCCAGGGCCCCCCGGGGCACCCCUUCGCCGGUGCUGGAUCCCCCGGCCCAGCAGCAGGACCGUACGGCAGCCCCCAGCAACAGCAGCCGAACCAGUACCCGUACCAGCAAGGCCAGGUGCCGUACCCCCCGCACCACCGUCCUGUCAGCGCCGGGGUAGCUCAGCAGCAGGGUCAUACACCGCCGGGCGGCCCUGCGCCAUCCAAUCACCCCUUUGCGCUGGCAGGGCAACCCGGAGGUGGAGGGUACGGCAGUCCGCCACCGUACAACAGCCCGCAACAGGGGUACGGGUACGGGUACGGGCAGCAGCCCCAGCAGCAGCAGGCGCCGCCGCCGCGAGGGGCCCCCAUGCAGGCCUGGGGACCCCAGCCUCCGCAGCAGCAGCCGUACCAACAGCAGGCGCCGUACGGCAACAACGGUCGGGAUCCCAACAACGGUAACAACAACCCGUGGGACCGGCUGGCUGUGGACGUCAACAAGAUGCAGCUGAGGGAGAGCGAUGUGGCGCGUAUCAAUGCGGAGCGGAUGCAGGCAGCCCAGGCCAACCUCCACGCGGGGAGACAGGACCACGCCAAGAACGUCAUCUACGGCGGACCGCAGGACUCGGGUCCCAAGCCGCAGCGGGUGGCUCCCGAGGCGCUGCCGGCGGCUGGCAGGCGCCCCACCUCGGCACACCCGGGAGCCGCGCCCUUCGCCACGCACUACGACCAGGGCGCCGGACUGCAGACUCAAGCGCAAGCGAGCAUGAACGAGGCCUGGCGCGCCACCUACCAGCCGCCGCAGUACGGCAGGCGCCGAAACCCCGAGCUGCAGAUCACGGGCCCCAGCCUGCGCAGCACUGGCGCACGGGGCGGCGGUGGCGGCGGCGGGCGGGCUGGCUACGUGCCAGCGGCGGAGGACGCGACCACGUACGUCAGCUCCACGACCUACUACACGGGCAACCGGUAGCGCUGCGAUGUGUGACUGAGCAUGCGGUUGCUGAAUGUGUUAAGAAAACUGGCCGCGAGUAGGCGGUUGCUGAAUGUUUGUGUGUGUGGGGGGGAGGGUUCAUGGGUGGUUGAGUGGGUAUAACGGAAUGGACUUACAGGACAUGGUGACGGUUGAUGGCAACGUAAGCGCACAUUCGCAUCGUGCUAGAGAGUUCACGGACAGUGGAUUGCAGUGUGCAUGGGGAAACGAACGGCGGCACAUACGGCGGCGCGCUCGCAAUUGUCCGGAGGGGCAGUUGCUUGGAUUAGGUAGGAGUAACUCGGGUGAAUGAAUGAGUGACCGUUACAAUGGUCCCCUAAAAAAGGGAACACGGGUGAUUUUUAGGAGUCGUGGGGGGCCCGGCUCCCCCAAUGUGAUCAGCUGUGGUCGUGCGAAGCCUCACCGAGCGCACAGUUAGAGCUAAGAGUCAGGAUUACGAGUCUCUGUCAUGUGGAGUAGUCCGCUUACGGGGUGUUAGGACCAUGCUUCACGGAUGGACCGAGACUGCGUGCGGACCUGGCUUGGACAUGCGAACAUGUGUGCGUGCUUAUAACCAGUCCCGGCGCGUGUAGGAUAUGCUGUGGCUUGUGGGUAUCGCGACGCCCCUGUCACACGUACGGUAGUGCAGCACUGAAAGACGGCAACACAUGCAUUUCACGGC